AUGUUGUCACAAGCAUAUAAAUAUCAAUUCAUCUUUGAUUAUAAUGCUCCAGUCUUAGAAAUCACAACAUGUCCAAUUUUAUACAGAAAAGCAACUUCCAUCUCGAUCAUCACCAAGUUAUCAGAUCGUGAUGGACCAGGCAAUGUCAAGUUUGUCAGUUACCUCGACAACAGGAAGAACGAGACACUGAACUACACAGCAAAUAUCCAUUAUGAUGACGGAAGACUGAUAUCGAUAAGCAGUAUCGUUUCAGUCCCAGUCCCAACAAAGACAGGAAGACACACGCUUUACAUGUAUGUUAUUGAUGCAACCAACGAAGUGAGUAACAUCAUUUCUACAACAUUCUUGUUCGAAAAUGUCUUUGAAUCACAUCUCAAAGAGAACCAUUUCAAACGAAACACACGUCAACAUCUUCUUUUCAGUCGAAUAGUUGACAUUGAUUAA